UUCUAUAUAACACAAGCAGCCCCUCUCCGCCUCUCCACCUCUCGCUCCUAAACCUCUAUUAUCGCCGCCGAUAAGGCUUCCUCCCAUCCUCUCUCUAUCUCUCUCCCUCUCUGUCUCUGUGUAAAUCUCUCCAUUUUUUUCUCUCCCUAGAAUCUUUUAAUGGCUGAAACGGGCGUUCGCGAUGUGAAUGUUUUGUCGGCGAAGAAGCGAGGAGGUUCGGACGAUUUCGAAAGGGAAGAUUACGUCGCCGCCAAGAAGGUCUUGGCGACGAUGCCGCCGUCGUGGGAGGAUCCCCAGGCGGCGCUGGCCAAUUCCCGCCACGAGUUUGGCGAGCACGGCGGCGUGAACAUGUCGAUCGAGGCCUCCGCCACAUUCACCGUCAUGGAGUCGGAGACCAUGCGCCGGAUGUUCACCGGCGAAUUGGGCCCCGACCGUGACUUCUUCAUCUACAGCCGCCACUUCAACCCGACGGUGCUCAACCUCGGCCGCCAGAUGGCCGCUCUGGAGGGCACCGAGGCCGCCUACUGCACCUCCAGCGGCAUGUCCGCCAUCUCCGCCGUCCUGCUCCAACUCUGCAGCAGCGGCGGCCACAUCGUGGCGUCGCGGACGCUCUACGGCGGCACGCACGCCUUGCUCAGCCAUUUCUUCCCUCGCGCGUGCAACAUAACGACGUCGUUCGUGGACCUGAAGGAUCUGGAUAUGGUGGAGGCGGCGAUCGUGGAGGGGAAGACCAAGGUGCUGUAUUUUGAGGCGAUGUCAAAUCCAACUCUGGCGGUGGCGAACGUGCCGGAGCUCUGCCGGAUCGCGCAUGAGAAGGGGGCGACAGUGGUGGUGGACAACACGUUUUCGCCGAUGGUGAUGUCGCCGGCGAGGCUGGGCGCAGACGUGGUCGUUCACAGCAUCUCCAAGUUCAUCAGCGGCGGGGCCGACAUCAUUGCUGGUGCUGUUUGUGGGCCGGCAAGCCUUGUGAACUCGAUGAUGGACCUGCACCAAGGGGCGCUGCUGCUGCUUGGCCCAACAAUGAACCCCAAGGUGGCCUUUGAACUGUCGGAGAGAAUUCCCCACCUGGGCCUCCGGAUGAAGGAGCAUUGCCACCGGGCCUUGACCUUCGCCACCCGGAUGAACAAGAUGGGCCUCAAGGUCAUCUACCCGGGCCUCGACACCCACCCCGACCACGCCGUCUUGAAGUCCUUGGCCAACAAAGACUACGGCUACGGCGGCCUGCUCUGCCUGGACAUGGAGACCGAGGAGCGGGCCAACCGGCUCAUGAACCACCUCCAGAACUUCGCCCAGUUCGGGUUUAUGGCGGUUAGCCUGGGCUACCACGAGACCCUCAUGUCGUGCUCCGGCAGCAGCACCAGCAGUGAAAUGAACGCCGAGGAGAAGGCGCUUGCCGGCAUUUCACCGGGCCUGAUAAGGAUGUCAGUUGGGUACAGUGGGACUCUGGAGCAGAGAUGGAGCCAGUUUGAGAAGGCCCUCGCCAGAAUCCAGGACUCCAGUUUGUUCCCAAAGGCUUGAAGCUUUGUCUUUUAAGGCACUUAAUAUACAACCCCCCCCCCCCCCCCCCCCCCCCCCAAAAAAAAAAAAAAAAGAAAAACUAAAA